AUGACUGUAUCCAUCUAUGUUUCCCUUUGGAGAUGCUGUUCGUUUAUUGACUGCAGCGAGCAGCAGCUCACGGGCAGCUCUACUUCACCUCUGUACGUUCUUGAUACUGUUACUGUUACUGUUACUGUUACUGUACAGGGAGGGAGAGGACCGUUUGGCGGGAAGGGUCGGUCUGUUGGCGACUGCGGCCAGUCUAAGCUGUGUGCGAGAGGACAUUGGAGGCCUGCUGAAGACUCCAAACUCAGAGAACUUGUAGCUCUCUACGGCCCUCAGAACUGGAACCUCAUUGCUGAGAAGCUUGAAGGAAGAUCAGGGAAGAGCUGCAGGCUGAGAUGGUUCAACCAGCUGGACCCAAGGAUCAACAGGAGGGCUUUCAGCGAAGAGGAGGAACAGAAGCUGAUGGCUGCUCACAGAUUGUACGGCAACAAAUGGGCUAUGAUCGCUAAGCUGUUCCCCGGGAGGACCGACAACGCGGUGAAGAAUCACUGGCACGUGAUCAUGGCCAGGAAAUACAGGGAACAGUCGAGCGGUUACAGGAGGAGGAAGCUCCCCCAAUCUCAUCAUCUCCAGAGGAUCAGGAGGACAUCGUCUCUAGUACUCGCCAGCCAUCGUGAGGCGGAGGAUCAGGAGGCUGCUGCUGCUGCAGAUCACGAGGUGGAGGAUCAUGGCACCUCUCGAUAUUGUUUCUCUUAUUCUGCUGCCCUUGAUCUGGGCUCGAAUCACUUGAUGACCGGUGAAGGAAGAGAUAAUCCGCAGAUUUCAUCGAGCCAUCAUCAGGAUGGGUACUUAGCUUGUGCACAGCAGAGUCCUUUUGAUUUCCUAUCACUGUCAGCACCCGGUCCAACAACAAGGGCCCGUGGGAAGACGAGAAUAUCCUCCCCUCCCUCGAAGGGUGUCUUCAACGUUGACGGCCAGCGGUCGUCGUGCUACCCAAACGACAACACCAGCUGCAGCUGCUCCUCACCUGUUCGCGACGCAGCAGUCUUUUAGUAGUUAUUACCCGGCGGCAUCACCUCAUGACGCUUCUGCAGCUGCGUGCGGAGCGACAACCUCAGGCCGUAGUAUUGAAAAUGGAGCGGUAUCGUCGCUUGAUGACGCCCCUUUUGAAGCACCUUCUUUCAUUGAUUUUCUCGGAGUCGGAAUGUACUCUACUUAAUUAAUUGAUGAGAAGGGCCGGAUCGAUGAAUAGACAUACAUUACAUGCAGAAAUGAGGGGGAGGGGGGGCUAAAUAUUUAAUUGGAAAUUAAACUUGGUGAUCGAAUACCUACGUACAUCUAAGGGGAACACCCAUCAUAUAUAUAUAUAUAUUAGUUUGCAAGUCACUAAUCUAUAUUAAUAUAUAAAGCAGGCCGGCCGUCACUCGAUGAUCACAUGCUAGCUCCUGUUUCUUUUUAGUUAGGUAUUCUUUGUAUCUCUAAUUCAUUUUCAUCUCCUUUCGGGGUUUAGCUGCACGUGUUAAACCAGUACUCCUCUGUCUUCCGAAGCAGCUGUUAGCUUUCAUUGAAGAAUUAGGGAACACGGUCGUCAAGGUAAGAGCUUCGGCUUCAGGAGUAAAAGUACCAAAUUUUAAUAUCAAAAAUAUGCUUUUAUGG